GUUGAGAGCAAGCACAACUAUUUUAGUAUUGGUACAAUAAUAUAUAAUAUAUUAUGCGAAUCAUCUAUUUCUAUUUGCUUUCUAUAAUCAUCUAUUUAUGUUGCUAAUUAAAUUGAUGGUUUUUGAAAAGUAAAUAGCAUGAGGUGUCAGAAAAUCAAAGUUGAAUCAAUGAUUUUGUACGUUGAGUGUUGGUAGCAUGAUAUCUCGUGUGAUUAGGUUGGCCAGAUUGAGUCAGUUUGUUGUUCUUUCGUUCUUUGUGUAUUGUGUUUUUGACAGUCUUGUUCUCUCAUCUUGGCGUGUAUGUACUAAAAUAGUGGUUUGUGAUGUGUAAAAUUGUUUAAUUUAUUGAUUAAUAAUUAGUAAAUAAUACUGUGUUAUUAAAAAAAGUGCUUAAUCCGUGAAGAAUCUUUCAAAAGAAUGAAUACCUGCUUAUUGGAUUAGAUAUUCUAGCAUCACUAAGAAGUGGCCUAAGGCUAUCGGUCCUGGAGCAGGCUUCUACUUAUAGAAACUAGAGGUAAGGAGGACGAAUAAAAUAGUUGAUCCAGAGUAAAUUGGUUGCAAAACGUUUCGACUCAGGUAAUAAUCCAGACUGAUCGGGCAUUGAAGCUAAACUAAGCUGUGGUUAACUGCUAGGCUGAGUUGACAAAGGUAGUCAAAUUGAUUGACAGCCUGCGGAUCGGUUGUGGAGAUGUCCGGUUAUCAGUCAGGAGGAGGAAACAUGGCAGCUGGUGAAGUGUGGCUACAAUGGUUCUCGUGCUGUAUAAACCAGCCAGCUCAGCAGCGAAAACGAGUGCAGAGACGGAGGAUUGACCGGUCGAUGAUUGGGGAGCCGACCAACUUCCAGCACACGGGGCACAUUGGCUCGGGCGACGUCGAGCUCGGCAACUCACGGCUUCGCGCCAUACAGAACCAGAUGCAGUCCAAGGGGGGCUACGAGACUGCAUUCUCCACCGUCAAGGCCUGUUGAACAAAUGACAGCGUUAUCAGUAUUGUAUUAUAUUGUAAUCCUUCCUUCUGAUGUUGCCUGUGAUGCUGUGGCUCAUCUACACAUUUGUAUGGAAAACCAGAUCGAUGAACAAAAGCAAAAGUGAACACUGUUAAACAACAUCGCUACAUCUAAUGAUGAAGGCAAUCACGAACAAUGUGUUUCAAAGUCAUCAAUCAAGAGCAGCAAUGUGCUACUUCAUCAAUCUCCACUAUUGAGAGAAGUUUAAACUGAUACAAUUUUAUUCCUAAAAUACGAGUACUUUAUAUCCUUAACUAUAGAUGAUUAAUCUUGAACAAAUUUUCGACUCAUACUUUAUUCAUCAUGUAUGUACUGCACAAAAUUUCCUUAUUUAAAUAAUAAAUCUUCAUCACUUGUUAUAAAAAUUCGCUAACGCCCAGAAUUCUGGUAUCAGGCCUAUCAAAUUGUCUUAAUGACUCACCUAUCAGAAAAGGUAAAUUUUAUUUAUUUAUUGAUUCAAUGAUACACACAAUAAUUCAUGAUAAUUUUUUAAAUUUUGAUUAACUUGAAAUCUUGAUCUCGAUUCCCUGAUGAUAUCUAAAUAAAAAAUAAUUGUUCAUAAAUAGCUGUCAGUUUGGAUUUUGUUGUUAGUAUAAAUCUCAGUUGCAUUGAGAGUAAGAAAGCCAAUCAACAUCACACUAAUUUUGUAAUUGGAAACCAAUUUUAAUGAGCUUACUUAUUCCACCAUGACAUUUGAUAGAAUUUAAUUUGUGUCUCAAAGUUUAUUAUCAAGUUGACUAUUCAACUCAUCUUUCAUUAGGAUAUUGUUUUAAUAUUUCCAAAAUAUUACUGAUUUUUCUAUAAAUCGUAAAUAUUAAAUGUAAAGUAAACGUAUCAUGUGUCAUACAACUUUAAUCUAUUUUUUCUCAUUCCAUGCUUAUUCGUUUAUAAAUAAAAUUUUUUUACAACUACAGUAGAAUCCAAUGCUCUAUUAUCAUUGUAAAUUCAACUGAAAGAUGCUUGAAAUGCAUCUGGGGAAUUAUAAGAUUAUUGAGGCUAUUAUAAUUUGCUGCAUGUUACUGAAAAAUACAAUUUCAUCCUACAGAGUAAUUUGAAAUUGAUAAAUUAUCAUUUUAAGAAAGGGUUUGAACUUUAUUGUUUCUUUAAAAAUGAAGGAUAUGUUUCAUUUUGACAUGGAACACAGCUAUUCCGAUUUCAAUUCACUAUUAAACGUAAAACAUGUUGAACAUCCAUCCAUACUCUUCAAUUGUUUAAAAGUGAUCCAUCCAUAAUUGAUAUUUAUUGCCAGAUUUCAAGAUUCUGAUUAUUAUUGGUUGAUUUCAGUUUGAAACUUUUUCUAUAACAUCUCUCACUCUUAAACAACAAUCCAAUGAUUUUUUGUUCCAUUUUUAUAAUAAAAAUAAUGUCUUAUGCGCGCACUACUGCGAUUUGCAUGACGGCGACGGUAGCGGGAGAACUUUUGAGCCGUGGUUAAAUUGUUUAAAUUGUCAUGAAAAUCACAGUGGUGUGCACAAGGCUUGAACCAUACAUUUGAUGGUUUAUUUCUUUGUAUUGCAUCAAUAUAAAUAUUGUGAUCUAAUAUUAUUGUUAUUGUAUUGUGUAAAUUAUGUUAUUUUUACUGUUGAGUGUAUGAUUAUUACUCUUAUCAAUAUUAUCCCAUGAUUGUAAAUAUUAAUUUUAUGAUUGAAUUAUUCCAAUGUAGUUGUUAAGUCUGUAUACUUUGAAAUACUCAAACUUAGUGAAUAGCUUCUGAUUUAAAUUAUAAUAGGCUACGUAUGAGUUUCAGAUCAGUGCGUACUUAAUUAAGAAUCAAUUUGCCGUUUGAUUUAUAUUUUUAUUUCCAUAUAAGUUGCUUUAAAAAUCUAUUGGUUACCUUCAUGAUGCAUUCAUUGGCAUUUUACUCUUGUUAAUAUUAUGUUUUCAAUAGUAUGCUAUAAUGUUUCUACUACUGUAUUAUAUUAAAUGUAUCCACUGUUAUGCACAUUUUGCAAGAAUAAGACACUCUUGUUGAAUUUAAACGCUCUCGGUAAUUGAUAAGUAGGAUUGCUUGAACAAAUCAAUAGACUGACUCGAUAAUAGUUCAAUUGUUGAAUGUUAGCAUUACUAUUUUCAUCGUGAAACAAAUUUUACUCCCAAAUAACUCACAUCCGUUACAUAAAAUCACUGUUUUUCUGUUCUUGUCUUCAGAAGUCUAAACUCAAGUUUUCUCACUCAUAAAAACUCAGCAUUUCUGCUAAGUAAGGGACAUGUCACACCAGGCCAGAACAGGACUCGUACGUCACAAUUUGACAAAAGAAUAUAGUGCGCAUAUAUAGAAUGUCCGGAUGCGUCUGAUGUAAUAUGGUCUCACCUACUUGAAUGCUAAAGCCUUCCCAUCCAGUCGGAGUGGUCAUCAAGCCCGUUCGUGUCCUGCUUGAUGUGACAUCACCCUGACUAACGAUAAGUUACCUUUUAUACAAUUUCAUCUUGAAUUUCAACAAUACUAUAUAUUAUAUGAAUAUGACUAAUAACUUAUUGACUGUUAUGUAUGCUGUAAUGAAUUCAUGGCUAAGAUUGUAUUACAUAUGUCUAAAGAACAAAUUUCUAAUAUAGCUAAAUUGAACUGUUAUUUCUGUGUAACUAAUAAUUAAUAAAAAUAUUUAAUGGGACAAAUUUCAAAAAGUGUAUAAGGUAUGUAAGACCAGAAAAAGCCGUCCACUCACUGAGCAUAGCAAGACGUAUUAUAUGUAAUACACAUGUUUACAUCUGAAGUAUCAGUGCUUGUGCUUCUUUUUCCUGCUCAGAUACUCUACACUAUUAAAUAGGCGCCAUACAACUUUAAGAAAGCAAUAGUGCAUUUAAUAAUAUCCGCUAGUUACAGUAGUUAUCUAGUUGUAUUAAAUUUAAAGUUAUCUGAGCUACUUUGGCAUUGUCUGCUUUUUAACGUCCACUCUAUUAUUUACUUACAUUAGUGGCUCAGAAGCUCUGUCUACCUCACUAUCUGUUUCCAUUCUUAGACUCUUAUGAUAAUGUAAAUUAUUCUAAAUCGUAUUAAAGCAUUCUAGUAUUGCAUUUACAAAUUAUCUCACAUAGCAGAGUGAUUGAGAAGUCUCGCAACCCAAAUAAUUGUAAACACUUUGAAUGUUUAGGUUGCACGGCCUUUCGACAACUCUGUAUAAGACUGUUUCAUUGACAUGCAUUGACUGUUGAUUCUUGUACGAGUUCUUGAGCAUAUUCGUGCCUUUUCAUUGACUCACACGAGAAAAUUUCGAAAUUUUUAUUUACGAGAUUUCUAUUUCUAAAUUCACCUUUGCUACUUUAUUCAGUUAUUCCUUGCUUCCCAUAAUAUAGCAUUAAUAUUUUUAAUGCUUCAUUAAAUCAAAACUUGAUCAGACUCCAUCAAUCGAUAUGUUCUUCUUACAAUUUUACAAAAAAAUGUGAUGAAUCUAAAGACUACAUUGCUCAUAUUGAUAAGUUUUUCUCCAAAUCAUCUUCAUGCGCCUUCCUACUUAUUGAAAUGACUGAUGUUUUUCUGUCCAUGAAAUAAUAUAAUCAAAUGAAGGUUAUUAAUUGAUUAAUAUAAAACUUCUGUACACAAAAAUGAUCAUGAUAAGACUGUUUUAAUCAUCUAAAUUUCAAUGCAGUAGAAAAUAAAAUAGUAGUAAAAAUUAUUGCUGUUCUAAAAUAUUAUUGUUAAUAUAAAGCUCUGUACCAAGGUAGAUAUAUUUAUAUUAUUAACUUGGUUCUGUACUAUGUAAUUAAAAUCAUCACAUGUAUUAUUAUUUAAGAUUAUUUCAAAAUUUUCAUUCUUUUGUUGAGUUGUGAAUGCGCAAAAUGUAUUUUAGUAAUUAUUUGUAUUAAUGUGAUUUUUAGAUGAAAAUGUUCAUUAGUUCCAAUAUAAUAUGGAAUAUAGAGAUUAUAUUUAAGCAUUGUCGAACCGUUCAUGUGAAGUGUGUAAAUUUUGUCUCAUUACUCUUAAAUUUAUUGAUAGUGAUGUAAGUUAUGUUAUUACUAAACUGAAUUGUACUGAAUGAAAAAAUUGAGAGUUGUCUUGAUUCGGCCUAUUUUCUUAUUAGGAAAUUAUUUUUGUUUUUAAUCGUUCUCAAGUGUGCUAGAAGUUUAACCGUUCAGUCAUAACAGAAGUGCUAUUACUUGGUGUUGAACAGUCGCAUUUUAAUACAAAUAUUUUUAAAAUUUAUUUUAAAUUAUUGUUUUUCUCAAAGUUAUUCUUUUUUUGCAAAAAGUGUUCAAAAAAAUCUAUCAUGUCACAUUUUUUUAUCAACAAAUUUUAGAAUUAUUUUUUAUUUUAUUUUAUAACUUUGUUAAGUGCCAAAUAAAUAUUGAGACAACAUAA